AUGAUGUUAGUCGGUGAUGUAUCCGUAGAAUGUUUUGAAACCUUGGAAGCGGGGACCACGCGGGCGAUUGUUGUUGCGGUAGUCAAAUCCAUUCGUUCGUCCCCCUCAGCAGAUCUCCGAAUAGCAUCUUCUUCCCUUUAUCCACUCCCGGACCCUCCAUUCCUACUGGCGUGGGCUGCAUGGAUUAUAUUGCCAUUUGAUACUCGUCUAUCGGAGCACUGCACCCUCGUUCCUCCAUCAUGUUCAAGAAGAAGCCCACGGUACGUUACCCCUCCCCCGCACCACUCUGGGAUCGGUCACAACACGGAAAGGUCAAUCGUGCCUUUAGAGCUCAUUACUCACGCUAGCCAAACGCAGAUCAAGAACCUUUCUCCCCUGCGGUCUUCCGACCGUCGGAAGAUUGCCGAUCAGAUAAUCAGAGAUUACAAGAUCGAGGUCCCGCAAAGUGCGCCAGUUGAAACCAGCGGCGACGACUCAGCUCCAGGCGCAUCCAACCCAACGGCGCCAAACCUCACCUCCAUCCGAAAUGCCUUACUUCCCGAGGAUUGCUUGACCGCACGCUUCACUACGACCGCCGGGCCCCAGCUUCGCGAAGUACAAGGGACAGUGUAUGUUGGAACACAUCCGGGGGCCGACGAAAGGAUCCUGUGGUUCAGAGUCGACCAUGGGCCCGGCGCCGAUGGACGCCUCUACCCUACGGUAUAUACACUUUGGCACAACCCAGAUCUGGUGCCACUGCUCCAUACUCCACAAAUGGUCAUGCAGAAACUGCACGGAGGAGCAGACCUGAUGACUCCGGGUCUGGCCAAUGACCCGCCUUUCGACGAGCGUGCCGUCAAGGGCGCAGUGGUUGCUGUCGCUAGUCUGAACAGGCAUACGGUACCACUGUUUGUGGGCGUGUGUGAGAUUGACAUCUCUGCACUUGGAGAGGUUCAGGGUACGAAGGGACAUGCUGUUCGGGGUCUGCACUGGGAAGGCGAUGAGUUGUGGGCUUGGAGCUCGUCUUCCAAGCCGGGUCAGCCCGCUCCAGAAUAUCUAGAGGGGUGGGAUGAUGAACUGGAAGAGGACGAAGAUGUAGGAGAGAUUGAAGAGGGCGUGCAGGGCCUAGCAGUAGGAGAAAUUGACGAGGCUUUCGAAAAGGCCUUCCUCUACUCCCUCUACAAGCUCAAGCAAGAUAAUCCAUCUGCUACCAACCACGGUCUAUCUCUACCCGUCCAACCAUCUGCUCUGAUAUCAAACAUGAUCACACCCCACCUGCCCAUAUACACUGCCAAACAAGCCCAAUACUAUCAAAUCAAGAAGACCAGCUGGAAAAAUGUGAAAAAGUUCAUCAAAUAUCUGGACAAGCAGCGCCUGGUCAAGUCCAAAGACCGCAACGGCCAAGAGACCGUCAUCCUCGACGUGGACUUCAACGACCAUCGUGUUGAACAGUUCAUCCCUUACAGACUCCCAUCCAAGAAUACCGUUGAGAACGCAGGAAAGCCUGCCACUCAGGCAAAUAACGCCAAAACCGCAUCUACACAGAGCGGUGACCCCUCAGUCGGCCAAACCCUGACCGUGCAGACUGUAUAUCGCCCAACCAACAAACUCACGCCGACCAUCUUCCCUGCUCUAUCCAGCACCCACCCCAGCAACUACUACAAGUACACCGACAUCUCCACUCACCUCGACCAAUACAUCCAAUCUCAAAAUCCCCCGCUCGUCGACCCCAAAAACAAACGCAUUAUCACCCUCAACCCCUACCUCGCCAAUACCAUCUUCACCUCUUCCUCCGCCGAUGACAAAAGCACUCUCGCCCGCGGCAAGACCACCCGCGACGGCCUCCUCAAGCGUCUCAUCGAUGACCACUCCCUCAUGACAGCCCACUACGUCAUCCUACGGCCCGGUCAAAACCUCUCCGACGUGAAGCCCAAAGCAGGCGCCGCCCCCAAGGUCAACGUAAUUCUCGAACGCCGCACCGGCUCCAAGACCGUCACCAAGGUCUGGAACCUCGAAGUGUUCGGCAUCAUCCCUAGUCUUCUGGCCGAAGAGCUGCAGAAGAAGUGUGCUAGCAGCACCAGCGUGACGCAGGCUACUGGCGCGCCGAAGGGCGUUAUGGAGGUGCUUGUCCAGGGAGACCAGCGACGCGCGUUAGAGACGGCGUUGGUGAGACGUGGGUUGAGGACGCAGUGGAUUGAUGUUGUGGAUAAGACGAAGAAGAAGAAAUAA